AUGAAGCUGCUGAAACCAGUCGAGCAGGAAGCAGCUCACCUGGUUACAGGUGUGGCGUCAGUCAGUCGUCAGCUCGGAGCCUCGUCGGAGUCAUCGUCCAAUCCCGGCUCAGCCUGGGGGGGCGGGGCCGUCGCCACGGAGACGGGCUGUUUACUUCCUGUAGUCAGAGCAGGUGGACCAGUGAUCCUGCAGAGUCCUGUCCUCCCUGUGAUGGAGGGGGGGGAACUCACUCUGAGCUGUACAGCAGACCCCCCCCCCUCCAGCCCCACAGCUGCUUUAUUCUAUAAAGAUGGCUCCCUCAUCAGGACGGAGCCUACAGGUCACAUGACCCUCCGGCCUGUUAGCAGGUCUGAUGAAGGCCUCUACAGCUGCUCCAUCGGGGGGGACAGGUCCCCCUCCAGCCGGGUCCGGGUCACAGGUGAGCAGCUGACCUCAGUUCAGCUCCAAUUUCUCCCACAGUCACCUGACCAGGUGGGUUCUCUCUGCAGGGAAACUUCCAACCUCACCUUUAGCCCCGCCCACAUCUGGAGCCCCGCCCCCUGA